AGAUGUAAAGUUUGAGAUCGAUCAGCCGAAGAAUCUGGUCUGGAUCGAGUCCGACAAGGACGCGGAGGUUCUCAUGGAGAUGCUGAAGAAAGCCGGGAAGCAGGUGAAAUACAACGGCACCAAGUGAAGGAAUCUGCUCCGUGUUGAACAGGUGAUGAUAAUCUGCUGCUCUUUAAAUCUUUAUUUUCCCUCCCUGUGGAUCAGGAGGAGUUUGAUGUUGAGUUUUAUUCCGGAGCCCUCACAGAAUCAAACACGUCAGGCCUCAGACCGUCUGUGGGAACAGAACCAGUCCCUUUGGGGCCAGAUAAAAUGAUAAUUAGGGCCAGAUUUGGCCCACGGGCCUUCAGUUUGUGUUUUAAAGCAACAUUUAUUUUUGUGUUUUUUUAUUAUUAUUAUUUUCCACAUUGCAUUUAGGAGCCCUCACAUAAAACACAUUUUAUUCAGACUACCUGUGGGAACAGAACCAGUCCCUUUGGGGCCAGAUAAAAUUAUGAUGAGGGCCAGAUUUGGCACCCCGGGCCUUCAGUUUGUGCUUUAAAGCAACAUUUCUUUUUGUGUUUUUUAAUAUAUAUUAUUAUUUUCCACGUUGCAUGUAGGAGCCCUCACAGAAUCAAACACGUCAGGCCUCAGACCGUCUGUGGGAACAGAACCAGUCCCUUUGGGCCCAAAGGAGCCGAG